AUGAAAUAUAUAAGCGUUUCGAUUCUUGCUGCGGUGAUCUUGACUAGCAAUGUCUGUGCCAUUCUUCCAGAGCAACACUCAAACCCCGUACCUGGAACCAGCUCAGAUCAAAAUCCCGUACCUGGAACCAGCUCGGAUCAAAAUCCCCAACAUACUCCACAAGUAAUGAGCAAUGAGUUUAGCCGUUACUACAAAAGCCGGGAAAGUAAAUUCGAUUCAAUUUCCAAACGAGUAGCUGAGAUAUUAGAUUAUUUUUUCCUUACUGGCAAGCUUGUAAUCGAUGACAAGGACUAUGCUUUUGACAAUCCCGAAGUCACUAGAGUUGGUAAAGGUAAAAAAGUGCGUCAACUAAAUUUCUACUGGAGUAGAUAUCAAUUUACCGGAGUACUACUUGGCAUUACGUCAAAUCCGCCCAAAUCUCCAAAUCCAAAUGGUCGAUAUGACGAGCCUAUUGUACCAAUCAAAACUAGGAUGCAAAAGGUUCAGACAUGGCUUGGAAAAGAUCCUAAAAAUCAGUUGGACGGAUCUGAUUUGGCACUAGUAAAUGCCCGAGCUACUUCAUCAGUCUAUGCAGAUGAAUUUGGAGUUAUCUUGUCCUUGCUUUGGUCAAUCUCCAAUGAGUACUACACUUGGGCCCAAAAUAGCUUGAAACUACUUGACAGUAUCCAAUUCCAAACCACUCAUGCAUUUACAUUGGCAGUAUUUGAAAAUUUUAAAAACUACUUUAAACACAUAAGUACCUUUUCUAAACAAGCGAGACAGGAUAUAUACAGGACAAUCACGGAUUUGACACAUGCUUCGUUUGAUCUUAAAACUACGCUUAUGAUAAUCCAAUCCGUAAUAUUCAAGACUCAAACCAAUUUUGAUAUUACAUUUAAAUGGUCAUUUGGAGCAUUGUUUAAUAUCUAUCUCGAUUCUGAGCUAUACGAUGCAGACCACUUUAAAAAGACAUUCCAAGACUGGAUUAAACUGCACGAGGAGAUGAAUGAAAAGGUCGUAGAUUUGCUAGCCAAAGUAUCGGCAGACUCAUCGAGCAAAUAG